ACUAACUAUCUGCAUUACUGGAUACGUCCCGGUCGACUAGUGUCUGAUCAAGGCUACCUGCAUCCCUGCAUCAAUUAAUUGUCGUAGGAGAUUUCUAAGUGGUGCUUCUUCAUACGAAACAAAGAUACCUCGGGCUCGUGGGCCAGCAUUCCUACUGGAUGCUUUCAAUCAGCAACACGCUAACAACGAUACCAGUGCGAAAAGAACAACGGCAGAGAACCUUUGCGUCUCCAGAACCUCCGGCUUCCAACAUAUUUUCAUCCUCUUAUACUGGCCGGCUCCGCCGUACUAUUUGACUAUACAGGCCGCUCUUGUGCCGACGGCUCAUCCCCGACUCGAUAGUCAUUGUAUUUAUUUGCCACCCUUCUCCUCAAACGCAUUGGCUCGCGCUCUGACAUACCGGGCUCUUGCGAGCUUAAUGUCAAAGGACAGUCAGAAGGGGACCUUCUUCGGGGCUCUUUCUCCGUGGAAUACCUCUAGAAGUACGACGCCCCAGCAGCCUAUCAACGAUACGAAAGACGUCCUCCCCCGUUCUCGAGGAGAGGAUCACACAGUCACACAUAGACAUGGGUUAAGUCUACGCCGGUAUCCAAAGGACUGUCCCCCAUUAAGAGUAAGAUGGUUCUAUGCAGUGGAUUCGCCUAAAUGGAAGCCAGGGCUCCGCGAUCAUAAGAGCGAUUCAAAACCCUUGGUGCCUCCCAAAAAGUUUGUUCCGUUCACUUCCAGGGACUCCCAGGCUAUAGAGGACGCAUUCCAAGAACUUCUGGAGGCGGACUUUGAGGAAAAACAUAUGCCGUACAACCGACCGAUGAGGGAAGCUUCGCGCGAGUCGACCAAGGUCCCUGUGAAUGAGGACUCGCUUUUCGAUGUUAGUAUUGAACAAAGGGAGCUCAGCCCGGCCUAUUGGAUAGGUCCCAUCUAUGAAGUCCGUCGUGGUACUUGGUUUUUCCAAGAUGGGUCCACGAUAAAGCCCUGUGAAGAAAACCUAGCUACCCAACUCGAAGAGGGCUAUCUCAAGUCGAAACCAUGGCGAUAUACAAGCCCUAGCUAUGCUUCCAAGCCUCCGACUUCAGUAAGAGACAGUGGUGAUGGGUCUAGCACUGCAUCUAAUGACGCUGAGAAUAUUGGACAUGCAACUUUGUUUUCUGGCAAUGAGCCUGAGCCUUACCGUCUAUUUGGUGCCUAUAUGAAUACCAUAGUAACUUAUCAGGAUUCUUCGACGGCGUUGCUGAUGAGCGAUGAUUUUAUGUCUCGCGUGAGCACAACUUUCUAUCAGAAGCUCGGUGGCGUUCCAGGUACGAAACUUGUUCGUGGGUUUACCGAAUCCAAGAAACAGAGGCAAUCAUCAGACAAGGUCUGUGCUGAAAUGAAAACAUCCGUGGAUAACCAUCCUGAUAUACUGCCUGAGGAACCUCAGGACAAGCGGGUACCACAGUUCUCCGAAACCACCACAUCUGAUCAUCAAAUUCCCGGCGAUGAGGCCCCGGCUGAGGCAAAUCCAAUGAUGGAACAGCACAUUCCGUUGACUGGCGCGCAACCGAAUAUGGUUGAACUUGAGGAACAAGCACGCGAACAAGAACAGAAAGAAAUGGAGGAUUCCAGGAAGGUUGAGGACAAAGAUCGGGAAAUCGAUCACUUGAUUCUUGUUACUCACGGAAUAGGUCAGCGGCUUAGCAUGCGACUAGAAAGUGUUAACUUUAUACACGACAUAAAUGUUUUGCGCAAAACCCUAAAGAGCGUUUACAGGGCCUCCCCUGAUCUUCAAGCGCUCAACUCCGACUUUGAAGACAAGCAUGAAAACUGCCGCACUCAGGUUCUCCCAGUGUGCUGGAGACAUCUUCUUGACUUUCCAUACCAGAAAGAGCAGCAACCCCGCAUGGAGUUCGAUCUGGGCGAUGCGGAAAGCCCGGGUGAUAUCUCGUAUCCUAGCUUGUCCGAUAUCACGCUUGAUAAUGUGCCAGCAGUUCGAAACCUCAUCUCUGAUUUAGCCAUGGAUGUACUUCUUUACCAGAGUGCAUACUGUGAGCACAUUUCUCGAAUAGUCAAACAGGAGUGUAACCGGAUUCUGGAUCUUUACAAGAAACGGAACCCAUCUUUCAGGGGCACUGUAAGUCUCUGUGGGCAUUCGCUUGGUAGCGCCAUUCUGUUUGAUAUCCUUUGCCACGAAAAGCAGGAUUCGGAGUCGCCUGACACCUCCCGUUUGGAUCAUAAUGACUCGGGUCACAAAGCAUUCCAGGGUGAUUCUUUGGGCUUUGAAUGUGAAGAUUUGUUCUGUCUAGGCUCCCCAAUAGCGCUAUUCCAGAUGCUCAAAGGGAAGACUAUUGCUGGGCGACAAAUUGGGAACGCCGGUGGAGAUGGGAAGUUUUCAGUUUACCCUGAUGGGCAGACUGUAGCUGUCAAGUCGACACCUAGCCCUUCUGUGCGCCAUAAUGUACAGUCUGCUAAAAAAGAGACGCUUUUGCAGCAUACUUCUGUGUCUUCUCCGAAAUGCCGACAGCUGUUCAAUAUUUUCCAUCCUUCCGAUCCAGUUAGCUAUCGUCUUGAGCCUCUCAUAUCACCAGCAAUGUCGUCUCUCAAACCACAGCCAUUGCCGUCAGUCAAAAGAGGACUUUGGACGGCAUCAGGGCAGAGCCUUUCAAUGAUUAGCAGUCGGUUUGGCCAAAGCGUGGGAUCAUUGUGGACUAAUUUCACAUCCGGUGUGGCAAGCAGUUUGCUUAACCGCAGUCUUGGCCUUACGUCGGAAACUGCUUCUUCCGAUCAAGCCUUAAAUUCUACACUGCAGGCUCAGCAAACACGGCCAGUGGCUUCGAGUCCUGGUUCUCUCCACAAGACAGAGAAUGCUAGAAACCCUACUCUUAUCGACUCGGACCUGGAAACGCUCUAUGAAGGCUAUCGUAGGACCGGAGGCCGUGGGAAGCGAGGGGGCUCAGAGACCAGAGGAGAGAACCCAUCUGAGUCACUGGGAAAUGACCAAUACGGAGAGAAGCUCCUGAUUGAAGACGCCAAAGUGAGAGCACUUAACUCCAAUGGGAGGGUCGACUAUAGCAUACAAGAGGGCACAUUUGAUAUAUCGAUGAUUGCUAGUAUUGCUAGUCACCUGAGCUACUGGUCUGACGAAGAUGUGUGUCAUUUUAUGAUGUCACAGAUGCUCUGUAGGAAGGCUAGGGGUCAGGACACUCGACCUGGAUAAGGUAUUGCGUGAAACUUCGGGGUUUUGGCAUCAUGUACGGAGUACUUAUUCUUGGUUGCGCAAAAUUGCACCGAAAGUCCACGACCUAGGGCUGACUGCGAAGUCAAAUAUGACGUGCUUCUUAGCGGUCUGCAAUAUCUAUAUACAAUACUGACAAGAUGAUCGGCGUCUACAUUGUUUACCAAGCCUUUGAGGUCACAGUCUCGGAGAUGUUCCCAUAUCGCAGACUACCGCAAACGAGAUGUUUAUUCGCAAACUCUCUUCUUGACAAGCACCCAGCGCAGAGUAUAUGCUACCCCCCUAUGCCACUGGCAAUGACAUGUAGGGUGGCUUAGCCAUAGGUGCAGACUCGAGGCCCCAAGCAGUAGUU